AGGGCCGAGAGUCGCUGGGAGAAAUCCACAGUCUAAGCCGGUGUUUUAUUUAAUAUCCCAAGUCUGGCAGAAAAACAUACAGGCUUCCUCCUGAGAACACGACAGGAGCUUCAUCGCAGAGAUGCAGCUGUUUGUGAAACAGCUGGGCAGAAGAAUCACGGCUCGAGAACACGGUUCCAACAAGAAGCUGGCGGCUCAGUCUUGCGCUCUGUCUCUGAUCCGACAGCUGUAUCAUCUGGGCGUCGUGGAGGUGUACUCCGGAGUCACCAAAAAGAAGGAAGGAGAAAAUUUGGCACCGUAUGACGUCAAUGUGUCUCCAGAACUUCAGCAGCAGCUGGCCAGUGUGGUCCAGGAGCUCGGAGUCCACAUCCCGCCGCCACCUGCAGACCCCAGCUGCCCCGUGUCUCUGGUUCAGGGGAAGAUGGCGACGUUCGAGCCGUCGCAGCGGCAGAGCGGAGCCGGUGUUGUUCCCUGGUCGCCGCCUCAGGUCAACUGGAACCCCUGGACCAGCAGCAACAUCGACGAAGGACCGCUGGCAUUUUGCACCCCGGAGCAGAUCAGUGGCGAGCUGCACGACGAGCUGAUGUACCAACUGAAACAGGACGAGAACCUGCACCAGAUCCUGCUGGAGCGCGUGCAACUGCCCGUCAAACAGUUUGAGAAGGAGAUCAUGGACGCCAUCGACGACAACCCCGUGGUGAUCAUCAGAGGAGCGACAGGCUGCGGGAAAACCACUCAGGUUCCUCAGUACAUCCUGGACCGCUUCAUCAAGGGAGCCCGAGCCUCCGACUGCAACAUCGUGGUCACUCAGCCCAGACGAAUCAGCGCCGUGUCUGUGGCGGAGAGAGUCGCCUUUGAGCGAGGGGAGGAUCUCGGGAAGAGCUGCGGCUACAGUGUCCGCUUCGAGUCCGUCCUCCCCCGACCCCACGCAAGUGUCCUCUUCUGCACCGUUGGCGUUCUGCUGCGGAAGCUUGAAGCUGGAAUCAGAGGCAUCAGUCACGUGAUCGUUGAUGAGAUCCACGAGCGAGACAUUAACACGGACUUCCUGUUGGUGGUCCUCAGAGACGUGGUCCAGGCCUACCCACAGGUCCGUGUCAUCCUCAUGUCGGCCACCAUCGACACCACCAUGUUCAGAGAGUACUUCUUCAACUGUCCCAUCAUCGAGGUGUUCGGACGAACUUUCCCUGUUCAAGAGUAUUUCCUGGAAGAUUGUAUCCAGAUGACGAACUUCGUUCCUCCACCGAUGGACAGAAAGAAGAAAGAUAAAGACGAAGAGGGAGGAGACGAGGAU